AAUGGCUUCAUCACCUUUUUUUGCUUUGGCUACUGCUGCGGAAAUAAUAAGGUCCGCGGAAAAGGAUAAGGAGUAUAGACUAGUGUUGAAAAAGUCCUUAUCAGAAGUUUCUUCUCUAGUGCUUUCUCGUAGGAGUCAUGCCCAUUUUGUAACAAAGCACCUCUCUGGUAUCACAGACUUGCUUUAUUAUGGGUUGACAACGUGGAUAGGACAACAAACUCCAGGAGAAGAAUACAGUGAAAUAAUAGCGUGUACUGGACAGUUUCCUCGUAUAACUUUUCAAGGGUCUCUUCUACGUAGAAUAUUUUAUAGUUUGAUUCAAGCAUAUGGAGAAGACUUUUGGGGCUUUUUUUGUAACAAGAUAGCUCAAAGAGUUCGUGCCUAUAUGAGAGAUGGUCAACUGAGUGGAACCCAACCAUUUCCCAAAAUAUAUCUAUAUCUACUAGCUUUACUGGUUCUCACUAGACAAGAGGAAGUGAAACGGUUUCUUUCUAGGUUUCAUUUAGGAAUAUUUUAUAUACAUAGCAAAUAUUAUGAAUGGUCUAAGAGACUAGUUGGUAUGCAAUAUUUUCGAGUUGCCAAAAGUCGAUAUCCACUUCCCAGUUAUCGUAUUUUGGGCUUGAUCUUGCUUGUGCAGUUGAGUCUUGGACUUUUAUUAUCUACUUAUCGUAUUUUGAGUAGGAAGGAUGGUUUCUAUUCUUUUCUUCAAUAUUCUAUAGGUGUUGGUGACAGUGGAGAAGAUGAAUGGGAUGGUUUUCCUAAUCAGCUUUCUUCCUCUGAAGAAGAAGAAGAAGAAGAAGAAUUGAAGGAAAUCGGUCUAGUUACAAAUGUGCUCUUUGUUUGAGUUUUAUGCGACAUCCUACUUGUACUGUCUGUGGUCAUGUCUUUUGUUGGCGUUGUAUUAUACAGUGGACUGCAACCAAAGCAGAAUGUCCAUUAUGUAGACAAUCCAUUGAGAUGCGUAGUUUAGUCACUUUAUAUCAUUAUUAAUCAAAAAUAGAAUGAUGGAAAUUCACAAUGCAACGUUGUCCCAUCGACUAAAUUCACUUCUUUUCUAUAUGUGAGAUGAUCCAAAUAGAUGGCUAUCUUAUUGCGUACAUAAAUGUGGAGUACUCCUUUGUGGAAGACACGUAUUCCUGCAUUUAUAACUGAUACUUCAUUCACUUCUCCUUUUGGUAAGUACUUUGCUUAUCUCCCGUUACCCAUUCUUAUACAGAAUAGUGUUCGUUUCGAAU